AUGCUUUCUCGUGCUCGUUCUUUUUAUGUCAUUGAUACAGAUAAAAAACAAUUAAUUGAAGUCGAAGCUAAUUCAAAAGAUGAUCUUGAAAAAUGGUUAGAAUGGAUUGAAAAAGCUCGAAAACCAUUUGAAAAAACAAAAUCAUAUCCAUAUUCUUCAAAAGAAAAAAAUUUACAUUCAUCUUCAUCAACAUUAACAACUCAAUCAACGAUUAGUGAAGAACAACCAAAUAUUCAAACAAUUAUACCAAAUGAAAAAACUACACCGGAAUCUAUAUUAAAUUCAAUAAUGACAACUGAUACAGAAAUAAAACGUUUAUUACAUGAGAAAGAAAUGCUUCUAUCACGUCUUUUAAACAUUCCUCAAAAUACACCAAAUUUUUCUAUACAUUCAAUGAAACCAAAGACAUCAUUAGAAGCAGUUACAUAUGCAACUAGUUAUCAUAAUCAAUUAAUGCAAAUAAUUAAUCAAAUACCAAAUGAAAUAGAUAAAACUAUUGACAUACAAUCUAUUUCAAUUCCUUUAAUUAAACUUGGUGAACAAUUAACAUUAACACUAAAAUUAUUAAAUCAAGAUUUAAAAGAUGCAGAUAAUGAAAAUAAUGUAGUAUUUCGAAGAAAUAUUAGUUCAUUUAAUGUAACACCAUCAAUGAAUACUGAUUCAUCUCAAACAUAUUCUGAUUUAUUAACAUCAUCUCUUCAUUCAUCAAAAUCACUUAGUUCAGUAGUUAAUUCAUAUCAACAACAACCACCACCACAACAAUCAUCAAUUACUAAUUUAGAUGAAACAGUUAAAUCAACACCAUUACAAGUUGCGAGAGAUAUUGUUGAACGUUAUGAUGAAGGAGUAUUUGAUGAUGGUGCUGAAAGUCAAACUGAAGAAGAAGAAAAUAAUAGUGUAAUUGUUGCUGAUAGUGAUGAUGAAGAUGAAAUUGAACAUUUUGAUUCAAGCGAUUGUAUUAUUACUAAUAUUGAUAAUAAUCCACAACAGAUAAAUGAUGAUUAUUUAAUAAAUACUAAAAAUAAUCAAAAUGAUCGAAAAAAUUCAAGUAAUACAUCAAUAGAAGGUCAAACAAUUAAUUUAGACUUAUUCGAUGAAGAAGUACACGACAAACUAAAAAACAAUGAUAAUGGAUUACCUGAAGCCAGCGAAGCGUGA